CUAUUUCGUCAUCGAUUCGUAUGGCAUCAUUUGAUAGCGGAUUCUCCUUUGAAGAACAAUAAAGGCAGCAGCAGCUUCUCAGAAAGCGGACGAAAGAGAAGACGUGACACGUCCUCGCAUCAUCGGUCCGUUCUGCUCUCACCUCGGCGCUCUCUUUCAGCGCACUUGAUUUGAGUAAAACUGCAGUAUGACUGGAGUAGGCUAUAUAUAAAGCAUGACAGCGGCGCCUUUACUUCAAAAAUACAUUCAUGCACUUCCCUUGUUACAUCUCUGACUGGAACGCACUCCACGCGACACAUCCAUCCAUAUAUUUGGUGUAAGCUGUGUUAGUCGGCAGCUGAGUUUGUUGACAGACAAUUCAUCAUCUCUUCAGAAGCUCUGGACAUCAUUGCAAUCAUGAAGUGUGUUUUGCAUUGUAUAUUUUUCCUCCUGCUGUGGAUUACACCCAAUACCAGAGUAUGUGCAUCUCAUCAAGGAAUUCCCCUGUCAGUUGUAAAACUUUGGGCUUCAGCGUUUGGUGGAGAAAUGAAAUCCCUUGCGACCAAGUAUUCUGGCUCUCAGCUGUUGCAAAAGAAAUACAAGGAGCUUGAGCAGUCGGUGAGGGUGGAGGAGAUUGAUGGAAUCAAACUGGUGAAGAAACUUGCUGGGGAAAUGGAGCAGAUGUUCCACAAGAAGGCUGAAGCUAUAAAGCGGUUGGUGGAAGCAGCAGAGGAAGCCCACCUGAAUCAUGAGGAGGAUCCUGAACUACAGUAUGAGUACUUUAAUGCAGUGCUGAUCAAUGAGAUGGAUGAGGAGGGCAGGAGUUUGGAGCUGGGUGGAGAAUUCAUCUUGCAGCCGAAUGAACAUUUCAACAAUCUGUCUGUAAACCUCAGCCUCAGUGUCGUCCAGGUUCCAACUAACAUGUACAACAAAGACUCAGCCAUAGUGAAUGGAGUGUACUGGUCAGAGGCACUCAAUACAGUGUUUGUGGAUAACUUUAAAAGAGACCCUUCUCUCAUAUGGCAGUACUUUGGUAGCGCCAAAGGUUUCUUCAGACAGUAUCCAGUACUGCCAACUUACUUGGCUGGAUACAAUGAGGAGCUGCAUUAUGUGGAGCCGUGUCUGAACGGAACAUUAGUUCAAGCUGACGUUACCAACAAAGAUCAUUUCCGUGACCAUCUUGAUAAGCUCUUUGCUAAAGGGAUAGGCAUGCUGGACGUGGCUCUGACUGAGGCCUUUGAACUUCUCAGUAAUUUUAAUGAGACGGGCCGAGGCAGUGUGUGCAGUCAAGCCAUCAUGUUGGUGACGGAUGGAGCUGUGGAAACAUAUGACGCUGUCUUUGCCCAGUACAACUGGCCUGAUAGAAAGGUGCGUGUGUUCCCUUACCUGAUUGGUCGGGAGUCUGCCUUUGCUGAUAACCUGAAAUGGAUGGCCUGCGCUAAUAAAGGUUAUUUUACCCAGAUCUCCACACUGGCAGAUGUUCAGGAGAAUGUGAUGGAGUAUCUGCAUGUGCUCAGUCGGCCGAAGGUCAUUGAUCGAGAGCAUGACAUGGUGUGGACAGAAGCCUAUGUUGAUAACACUCGUCCACAGGCUCAAAAGCUGGAAGAUGCUCAGGGUCCUGUGCUCAUGACUACCGUGGCCAUGCCUGUGUUCAGCACCAAGAACGAGACUAGAAAUAAAGGAAUUCUUCUUGGAGUAGUUGGCACAGAUGUUCCAGUGUCUGAAAUACUGAAGGCCAUCCCUAAAUACAAGCUGGGAAUCCAUGGUUAUGCCUUCGCCAUCACCAAUAAUGGAUACAUACUCACCCAUCCAGACUUGCAGCCUCUGUAUGAAGAAGGGAAAAAGAGGAGAAAAUCCAGCUACAGCAGUGUGGAUCUGUCAGAGGUGGAGUGGGAAGACAAGGAGGAUGAGUUGCGUAAUGCCAUGGUGAACAGGCAGACGGGAAGCUUCUCUAUGAAAGUGAAGAAGACUGUGGAUAAAGGGAAGCGUGUGCUUGUUCUACACAAUGACUACUACUACACAGACAUUAAAGGAACUCCCUUCAGCUUAGGAGUGGCCCUGUCCAGAGGUCAUGGCAAAUAUUUCUUCAGAGGAAAUACCUCUGUUGAAGAAGGACUACAUGAUUUGGAGCAUCCAGAUGUUUUAUUAGCGAAUGAAUGGACAUACUGUAACACAGAGGAACAUCCAGAACACAAUUUCCUAACUCAGAUUGAUGCCAUCAAGCUGUAUUUUAAUGGGGAACCACAUCUGAAGUGUGACAAGGAUCUGAUCCAGGAAGUUCUAUUUGAUGCUGUGGUCACAGCACCACUGGAAGCAUACUGGACCAGUCUCGCUCUCAAUAAAUCCGAGAAUUCUGAUAAAGGGGUGGAGAUAGCUUACCUCUGCACUCGAACCGGACUAUCACGCAUCAACCUUUUUGUGAUGCCAGACCAACUGACCAAUCAAGACUUCCUGACUGGAGAGGAUAAGGAGGUGGUGUUCAGUGCUGAUCAUUUUCCUUUGUGGUACAAACGGGCUGCUGAACAGGUGCCUGGAACCUUUAUCUACUCCCUUCCUUUCGGCACAGGCUCUGAGAAUAAGAGUGUGGUUUUGGCCAGCAGCGCCAUUCAUUUGUUGGAUGAGAGAGAGUCGCCCAUUGCUGCAGCUGUGGGUAUUCAGAUGAAACUAGAGUUCUUCCAGAGGAAGUUCUGGACUGCCAGCAGACAGUGUGCAGCACUUGACGGGAAGUGUUCCAUCAGCUGUGACAAUGAUGAAAUCAGCUGUUACCUCAUUGACAACAAUGGAUUCAUAAUUGUGGCUGAGGAUCUGUCUUUGACUGGUGUGUUCUUUGGAGAGGCUGAGGGAGCUGUGAUGAGCAAACUUGUUUCAAUGGGUUCUUUUAAGAGGGUGAAUCUGUAUGACUAUCGGUCAAUCUGUAGGGUGUAUGCGCAGACCAGUGAUACAGCACACACACUUUUGCACCCCUACUUUGCUUUAUUUGCAGCUGUCCGGUGGCUUCUGACUGAAUUUGUCAUAUUUCUGGUUGAGUUCAACCUGUACAGUUGGUGGCACUCUGACCUCACCAUUAAGGCUCAGAGAGGAGGCAAAACUAUGUUGGUUCCUUGUGAUAAAGAGUAUCCAGCAUUCGUGUCUGAGCGCACCAUUAAAGAAACCGUCGGGAAUAUUGACUGUGAAAGCUGUGUAAAAUCGUUUGUUAUUCAGCAGAUUCCCAGCAGUAAUCUUUUCAUGGUGGUCAUUGACAAUACAUGUGACUGCAGUGACUUUGGACCUGUCAACAUGGACCCCAUCGAAAUUAUGUAUAACGAGUCUCUGAAAUGUGAACGGUUGAAGUUUCAGAAGGAGAGAAGGCGACCAGACACAUGCCACCCCUUCCAUCAUGAGGAAAACUCAAUGGAGUGUGGUGGUUCUGUGGGCUUGACUCCAUCACUAAUAUCUACAGUUCUUAUAGUCCUGAUAGUCACCAUCUUUCCCAGGUGAUGAAAACAGAUUUUGACCCAUACGUCCUCCUCGGUCAUGCCAGUUUCACUCGGUCCAGCAUGCAAAAAUUGAUUAUAUAAAUAUUUAU